UUCCUCCUCUUUCACAAGUCUCCAAAGGUACCUGACUGAUCUGUGCUUCUGUCAGUAGCUGCACUCAUCUCUCACCAUGUUCACCCACUGUCUCCUGGUUCCACUGGUACUAGUCCUAACUCACGAGGUGUAUGCCGGGAAAAUAAUUGGAGGUCAUGAAGCUGUGCCUCACAGCAGGCCGUACAUGGUGUUUCUAAGAGGCGAUGAGAAUGGGUCGCCAAGAUACUGUGGUGGCUUCCUCCUGAAUGAGGACUUUGUCAUAACUGCAGCCCACUGCAAAUGCCAUAGUGUCUCGUUUAGCAAUUUCACUGUAUUCCUGGGAGUCCACAAUGCCAAAAAUAGGAAAGAACCUAAUGUACAGAAGAUAUCUGUGGAGCAGGAGUUCCCGCAUGAGAACUACAGUGACGUUACACGUACAGAGAACGAUAUAAUGCUUCUCAAGUUAAGCACCAAGGCCAUCUUCAACAAAGAUGUGCGGCCCAUUGAGCUCCCCCAGGAAGACAUAGACUUUCUUCCAGAAUCAUGUUUUGUGUCCGGUUGGGGAAGGAACAAUAAAGAGACCAACUAUUUAUCUGUGACUCUCAUGGAGGUCAACGUCACACUCAUAGACAAUGAAAACUGCACAAAGUCCAAGUCGUACUGCUCAGAAGGAGAGGCUGGACCAGCUAAGGGAGACUCGGGUGGCCCACUGGUCUGUGAAGAUGAGAAAGCAUACGGUGUAGUUUCACACGUUUUCAUUCCCCUGUCACGUGCACCGCCUGUGCACUACUACACUAGGAUUCAAGACCACGUAAACUGGAUCAAGUCUGUCAUAAAUAGGGACAAAAAACGUGCAUACAUUUGAUUUUUCAUUUCAUUUAAUAAAAAAUAUAAAAAACAAAUGACUAUAAUCAAAAGAAAAAAAAAACACUGGCAUACUUUUUUGAAUCGCCUCGAAUAAUAAACGAAUAAUAAAGAUAA